AUGCCGAGUGCAAAGGGUCGUGCCCGCCUCUUCGCCGGAGAGCGCCCAGUGAAAGAGCUUGAUCCCGAGGCAGAGGCGCCGCUUGAGGAUGAGGACGACGCAAGUGAAAGCGAAGACGGCAAGGACGCCGUCGGGGCCGAUACCGACCACUAUGUCGCUGUUGGAAAGUCCAAGCUCCGGCAAAAGCAGGCGCUCGACAUGGAGGAUGACGAAGAAGUUGAGGGCGAAGUCGACCAAAAAACAGCCAAGGCGCAAGCAGAGACGCGCAAGAUCUUGGCCGAGGAGCGGCAACACAUGCUGGCACCGAUAUCGCAGUCGGCCAAGGCGGACGCCGACAAGGGCUUUGCCGUGCGCCAGCAGCGCCGCACGUUUGACGCGCUGCUGAACAUGCGCAUCCGCAUGCAAAAGGCGCUGACGGCGUCCAACUCGCUGCACGUGGCCGCCGAGGAGGGCCGCGCCAUGGAUGCAGCUGUGGCAGAGAGCACGGCAGCCGAGGCGAUUGCGCUUCUGGCAUCGAUCCAGAGCAUCCGUCAGUCGUUUUACAUUGGCACCGAGACGUCGACAACCGAUCCGAAGCAGAAGCGGAAGCGGAGUGACAACGACGAUCGCUCGUGCGAAACCAUCUUCCGCCAGAUGGCCGAGACAGAAGAGGCAGCACAGGGCAAGCGGAGAAGGGUGCUGGACCGAUGGGCAAUGCGGGUGCAGCGGCCAUCGGCUUCAGGCGCGGGAUCAGCGUCGGUCUCGAAACGAUUCCAGCCAUCGACCGGGACACAGGCUCUGACAGUCGUGCUGGACGAGCAGCUGGCCACGGCCGAAGACCGACUGGUCCGGCGGACACGGGUGCCGCGAUCCUGUGCUCCGGUGCAAGCGGCACGACGCGUGGCUGAGGACGCGGAGAUCUACGAUGACGCCGACUUUUACCAGCUGCUUCUCAAGGAGCUCGUCGACCAGCGCACGACUGACUCGUCAGCACCCGGCAACGCCCUGCCCACGGUGCGCUGGGCGGCCUCGGCAGUCAAGGAGGCCAAGACCCGCAAGCUGGUCGACCGCAAGGCCAGCAAGGGCCGCAAGAUGCGCUUCAAUGUGCACGAGAAGCUGCAGAACUUCAUGGCGCCCGAGGACCGCCGCCAGUGGGAGCCCGAGGCCAUCGACCGGCUCUUCGGCACCAUCUUUGGUCAGCGUGCCGAGCUGCACGAAGACGACGGCGACGACGGCGACAACGGCAGCGACAACGGCGUCAGCCCCGAGGAGGAGGGUCUGCGGUUGUUCCGCAGCUGA